AAGACAGGGCAGUGAACGCUUCUCCUUCCGUUUUUCGUGUAAUGUUAUUGCCGAUGGCAUAAUAAGAAUAAAAUAUAUAAGUACGAUUGAUACCUGCGGCCCACUGUUUGGGACAACCAUAGACACACUCUCACUAGUGAAAUUAAUGAUGGACGAAAAUGCAGCUUUUUGCGGUUGAACCCAAAGACGAUUGCCCGCACGUCGGCGAGUGCGCCCGGAACGUUACCGACUACGCCGACGUCAAGCUUGCUUCUGCAAAAUGUCCCUCCUGCGACGAGCCGGAUGAGAAUUGGUUGUGCCUGAAAUGCAAAGGGGUCUUCUGCAGCAGGUACAAAAACGAGCACGCGCUAUUUCAUUUUCUGGAGAACGACAGCCACUAUGUCUGCCUGUCCUUCAGUGAUUUGUCGUUCUGGUGUUACGCCUGCGACAGCUAUGUCGUUGCCCCAGAACUCUUACCAAUCCGCAAGCACUUCGAGGCAGAGAAAUUCGGUGGCGAGUGUCAAACAGGCGUGGAGGCUAUCGCGCAGCUGGUGACGGGGAUAGCUGGAAGCAGCUCCACUGGUGAGACCGGGGGCUCGUCGUCGAGUACAGGUGGGGGCGCGUCCUCAUCAAGCCGUGCGCCACCAAAUUAA